AUGCUGCCCGGCCUCCUCUUCCUCCUGGGGCUGCCGCUCACCCUCGCAUCGACUUGUGCCCCACUCAUCCCAGUCACCUUCGACAACACCACCAUCCCUCGGCUCCUGGGACACUGGAUCUACAUCGCUGGUGCCUCCAGGUACCCACCUCACCUGGAGGAGCUGAGGGCCCUGAAGCACGCGGCUUUCUCCUUCUCUCCCAGCAGCCACGAGGACGAGCUCAGUGUCAUUGAAGUCAUGCGGCUGAAUGAGACCUGCCUGGAGAGGAACACCAGCAAGGUCCUGGUCUUCUGGGAAAACUCCACCUUGGCGCAUGUGGAUGACCAAGUGUUUGCCACUGCUGAACUGAUCCAAAGCGAUGAGGACCUGCUGAUCCUUAAACAUCUCAAUGACGACUUCCCAAGUCUGAGCCUCUCAGCACGGACACCCAACGUGAGCAAGGAGCAGCUGGAGGAGUUCAGAUCCCACCUGCACUGCCUGGGCUUCACCGAGGAGGACAUCUUCAUGACCUCUGAGAAGGAUGCCUGUCCCCUGCCCUGGGAGAAGAAGGCUGAAGGAGAUCCAGAGCCACAGCUGAAAUAA